CGAGGACCCCGGGCCGCGGGAGGGCCCCGGCGCUGCCUGAAGUCCCGCCUCACCGCUCCCGCCUCAGGCGUUCGGCGAAGCCACCCUCUCCGCUGGGUCCUGGCGGCGGCGGGGCGGGGCCUGCCUUAAAGGCGCCGCGCAGGUGAGAUGGCGGCGCGGUGGCUGUGGCUGCUGGCGCUCUGGGCCGGGCCCGCCGCCGCUCCGCCGCCGCCCGACGCUGAGGUCACGUUCGUGCUGCCCGCCGGCCGCCGGGAGUGCUUCUACCAGGGCGCUCCCGGGAACGCCUCCCUGGAGGCCGAGUAUCAGGUGAUCGGCGGGGCCGGGCUGGACGUCGACUUCUCCCUGGAGAGUCCGUCGGGGCGGCUGCUGGUCAGCGAGUACCGGCGCUCUGACGGGGCCCACACCGUGGAGCCCACCGAAGCUGGCGACUACAAGCUCUGCUUCGACAACUCCUUCAGCACCAUCUCGGAGAAGCUGGUGUUCUUCGAGCUCAUCUUCGACAGCGCCCAGGAGGACGAGGAGGAGGAGGAGGAGGAGGAAGGCGACGGCUGGGUGGAGGCGGCCGAACCCGAGGACACGCUGGACGUCAAGAUCGAGGACAUCAAGGAAUCCAUCGAGACCAUGAAGAGCCGCCUGGAACGGAGCAUCCAGAUGCAAACGCUGCUUCGAGCCUUCGAGGCGCGAGAUCGUAACCUGCAGGAGAGCAACCUGGGGCGGGUGAACUUCUGGUCGGCCGUGAACUUGGGCGUGCUGGUGGUGGUGGCUUUUCUCCAGGUCUACAUGCUGAAGAGCCUCUUCGAGGACAAGAGGACGGUGCGGACGUAGACGGGGAGCGGGGACACGGGACACCAGGGGAUUCUGCUUCCUGCCGGGACGGUGCCGGAGAAGGGACGCGGUUCCAUCCGGCUGCCGCUUCUCCCUCCCGGCGGGGAUUAAACCUCCUCGGCUUUUCA